ACCUCACUCUGCGAUACAACCUCGAGACAAGUCGGGACAAGACCAGUCUCAGGGCUCACCAUACUCAAUGAGCGGACAGCGCAAUGUCAGAGCGCUCUGGGCAAACUGCAAAGGGGAAGGAAGGCAAAACCAAGUAUGCGUCUCUCAACCUGUUUGAUACAUACAAAGGAAAGAGCCUUGAAACACAAAAGCCUGUUGUUCCCCCCCGCCAUGGCCUACAGUCUCUUGGUAAAGUUGCCUCCGCGCGGCGUAUGCCACCCCCUGCCAACCUGCCCAGUCUGAAGGCAGAGAACAAAGGCAACGAUCCCAACGUCUCACUCGUUCCCAAAGACGGCACAGGAUGGGCAAGCAAACCGGAACCAGCAGACCCAAAGAGUACCGAUGCAUUGUCAGCACCGCAGCCGGAACCGCAGCAGCCUGUGGCUUCACAGACGCCUGCACCGACCCGCCCGAGAACCCCGCCGGCUUCAGAGGUACCGACAAACACAGCUCUGGCCCCAGCUUCAACCCAGGCCGUAGGGGCAAGGUCCUGGGCACAGGCCAGUGUUACACAUGGAACACAAGGGGAUGGUGGAAAGGGAUCAAACCUACCGUCGCCAUUCUCUCGCGAGGAAUUUCCCACCCUGCAGGCGGCUGGCGACCAGGACAAAGCUGGCAGAGAACAGGGCACUGCAGAUCAGUGGUAUGGGCCCGGACCAAGCCUCCGCCCCCAGAACGUUACAAGCUGGCGGGACGGUGGGGGCCGAGCCCUGGCGCCCACCCUGUCUGGGGAGGGGGCAGCGGAGGGUGGCAACGGUGGGGCUCUGUUGAUGGAUGGGGCAGCUGGGGUCCCGCCGCAGAACUCCCAGUCCCACGGGCCACCUAGGAACCCUCCCGCAGGCAGCCCUGCCUUGCCCCUUCCCCAGCCCCCAGUUGGGCCAGGGUUCCCCCAAUACCGAGGGAUCAUGCCUCCAUUCAUGUAUCCUCCCUAUCUGCCCUUUCCAGGACCCUAUGGCCCUCAGGCAACCUACAGGUACCCGCCACCUGGGGAAGGGCCUGCUCCAAGGUUUGCUCGUGCGCACGGUGGUCCUGACGGCAGGCCCCAGGGUGGCCCACGUGAUGCAGGUGGAGAGGCGGUGAAGCGACCCUCUAUCCUAAAGCAGGACGACCUGAAGGAGCUAGACGAGCUGGACCACGACGGAGACGAAGGCUGGGCAGGCGCUCACGAGGAGAUUGAUUACUCUGCCAAGCUGAAGUUCAGUGAUGAUGAAGGAGAGGAGGAGGGAGAAGAGGAGAGAUCAGAGAGCAAGAAUGAAUUGCGUGAGCAGCAGAGGUCCCAGGACGCCCCCCCUGCAACCUCUCGCUCUCGAGCCUCAGACAGCGGUGGAGAAACCCGCCGCACUCCUCCUGUUAGUUCUGACAAUGGCCCCCAACCCCCCUCCAGCAAGCCAGGAUGGGCCGAGGAGGGAGGCAGUGGCUGGAGCGGCCAGGGAGCACCACCCAACUACCAGGGGCGCAGGCCUGGACUGGGUGGUCUCCGGGAGCAGCCCUCCCCCCCACCUGGGCCGCUCCUCGGACAGGGGCCCUACUCCAUUUACCGAGAGGACCGCCCCCAAAACCAGGGUGCCCCUGUUGGCCCUGGAAAACCUGCCCAGCACCAGCCAGCACCAGGAGGCCCUAGCCCUCCUUCCCAGCCUGGCCUACUGGUCCACGGGGCCCAGGGAGAAGAUGAGGAUGAGACUUGGCGUCAGCGCAGGAAGCAGUCCUCUACAGAGAUCUCCGCCGCUGUGGAGCGAGCCCGUCGACGCCGUGAGGAGGAAGAACGCAGGAUGGAGGAGGAGAGACGCGCUGCAUGUGCUGAGAAGCUGAAGAGGCUCGACGAGAAGCAGCAACAGCAGCAGGGCAGCAGCGUAGGAGGCAGCGGUGACCCCAGUAAAUCCCCAAGCCUUGAUGGAAACUUGACAGCUGCCCCAGCAGGCAGCCCCAGUCCGUCGAUGUCGGCCUCCGCCUCCUCCCCAAACAUCAGCCAGCCUCCAUCUCCAUGUGUAGACACCGAGGAGCCUCCGGUGCUGGUUGUGCAGCCUGGGACGGUUCCUGGAGUCAGUGAGAGACAGAGAGCUAACAGCAACAGCAGCUACGACUCCAGCGCAGAAACCCAACAGUGUCCUCAGCCUGCCGUGUCGCAGCCACAGCAGCCCACCCUGGAGGUACCUCUACCAGGAGAGCCGAAGGAAGAGACCGUCGGCAGUCCUCGCAUUCGUGCAGGAAGUGGAGGUGAAAGAGGAGUCGAUCCGGUGAAGAUUGAGAAUAUCGGAGGAGGAGGAGGAGGAGCAGGCCGUCAAGCCAGCGGCCCCCCCGGCCAGGGUUACUCAAAGUACCAGAAGUCUCUUCCUCCUCGUUUCCAGAGGCAGCAGCAGGAGCAGCUCCUGAAGCAGCAGCAGCAGUGGCAGCAGCAGCAGCAGCAACAACAGCAACAACAGCAGCACAGCCAGGCAUCCCAGCCCCAGCUGUCCCCCCAGCCCCAGCCCCCACAGGGUCCUUCACCAGGUUCAACACCCCAGCCAGGGCCUGGACCUAAGCAGGGUGGGCCACUGUAUCAACCCAGCAAUAUGGUUCGACCCCCACCUCUGCCAAUGAACUUUGACCCUCGCUGGAUGAUGAUGCCCUACAUGGACCCCCGCAUGAUGCAGGGCCGCCCUCCACCUAUGGACUAUUAUUCAGCUGGCAUGCACCCGUCUGGGCUUAUUGGGCGUGAGAGGUCUGAUUCAGGGGGAUCUGGUUCAGACCCCUUUGACAGGCAGCAGCAGCAGCAGCAGCAGCAGCAGCAGCAUCCAGGGCACCCUCACCGCGGGACCCCACCUAUGGAUCCUAAGCUGGCCUGGGGGCCGGAGGUAUUCCCUGUCGGAGGGGAGGGUCGUGGGCUGACCUCACCACUGAGGCAGAAGCAAGCGUUGGAGGAUGACGAUGUGGCCAAAGGGCCGAGGAGUGACACUCCUCCACACCGCAUGCGAGAGGGUGGAUUGGGACCCAUCCAGCAGCCCAGCUCUGGCUCCGGGACAUCCAAUCAGACCCCACCACCAGUCGGCACUCAAGUUGGCACCCAGGGCGGCGGCCACCACCCUCAUCACUACAUGGGUGGGAGGGGCAACUACAGCAACUUCCCCGAUCAAGGUGCGAGGAUGCCUCCCCAUCAGCAGCCGCAGCGGGCCGGUGAGAGAGGAAACCACCCGCAUGGCUUCGCCCAUCAGGAUGAAGGGCCCCCCCGAGGGUCUCAGCAAGGCCAGAUUUGGGGAGCCCCGCACCCUCACUAUGACCGCAACGGCCGCGCAGACAUCCCCAAUGUCGAGAAUAACUCUCACCUCCACCACCAUCACGGCCACCACCCUCAGCAACCUCACUUCCCUCUCCACCCCCACAAGCAAGAGAGCAGCCGUGACAGGGUUGUCGAGGCUCCGGCCAAGAAGACGGACUCCUCUCCUCCUCUCCACCAACCUUCCCUCUCGUCUUCGUGCUCCUCUUCGGCCUCCUCCACUUCUGCCAGAGAAGACGGUAAUGUCAAAAUCGCCCUGCAUCAUCACCCCUCCCACAGAGAGGGUGAAGCGAUCGGACACGGUCUUGGCGAGAGAGGCGAGAGAGGUGGUGCCGGCGGUAGCAGCCAUGUGAAACAGGAGAAAACCGGCCAGGGUUACGCCCCCCAUUCCUCCAUGACCUCGAGCCCACCUCCCGCUCAGCAUGGCGGUCACACUCAGCAGCAACAGCAGCAUCCCCAUCCGAAGUCAAACCAAAGAGGGGGGCGGGAGCACAAGACAGAGACCCAGUGGGGCCCACGGCCUGGCAGCAGCAAUACAGGUGGGGGGUCCUCUCACGGUAGGAGGGCCAACAAUGCAGGAGGUGGGAACAAUUCCCGCGGAGGAGACGACUCCUCCAACACUCCAUCGGACCACAAACCCUCCAGUCAGGGAGGAGGAGGCAAUGCCAGUAAGAGGGCCGGUCCCAUCAAGAAACCAGUGCUGAAAGAGAUGAAGAGAGAGGGAGAAGUUGACGGAGGAGAAAAAACAAACCACGGCUUCGGGAAAGAUAAAGAGCAAGAUGGGGGCCAACCCAGCUCCACGAAGCAGGACGCCUCCUCCGCCUCCCAAAACAGUUCAGCUCCGUCUGGUAAAGAAGAGUCGACACAGUCUGCCAAACCCAGGAACGGAAAAGAACGGUCCGGAGGAGGAGGUGGAGGAGGGUCAGGCAGAGGGCCCAAAGAUGUAGACUCCACUUCAGGAUUUUCAGGGUCCAGGAGGGACAGAGACCGCUCCUUUGAGAGAGGAGGCGGCGCCCCCCACCACCAUGGAGUCUCCACCAAAGGCGGCCGAGGCAGUCGUGGACGAGGUGGGGAGUUUUACGGGCGUGGCCGUGGUUACCGGGGCACCUACACGGCCAGCGCUGGACCUAGUAGUGGCAGUCGGGGCAGAAUGGGAGGCAGGAGUGGCAGAGACUACCGCUCGUCUGUGGCUGGUGGUCAUCACCAGGAGUCGAAGGGUGAGGGGGCUGGAGGCAGGCACGGUCAAGACCGGUCCCAGCACAACCCCGCCAGAGCCAGGAACCGAAGUGAAACCCGCAGUGAGGGUUCAGAGUAUGAAGAAAUCCCCAAAAGAAGAAGGGAGAGGGGCUCAGAGACUGGCAGUGAGAGUGGUGCAAGUGACAUUGGUCACUCAGACAAGGAAGACCACCAGAAACCCAACACCAAGAACGGCUCUGAUAACUCUAACGCCACCGGCAGUGGCAACAUUUCAUCUGCACCCCCCAGAGGUUCACAGGCCCGGGUCUUCACCCCCAGAGGCGUACCCUCAAGGAGGGGCCGGGGUGGAGGCAGCGGAGGAGGAAACAUGUACAGGAGUGGUGGAAACGUUGGAGGAACCGGUGGAGGACACAGGGUCGGACCCGGCUCCUCUUCCCACGGCGGCUCCUCCAAACCGUCGGCCUCGAUGCGGAAGCAACAAGCCCCGGCACAAACCUCCGGGCCCAAAGACUCGAGCCGGGGAGGAAACAGCGGCGAGAAGAAGGACAAGAUGUCUGAUGGAGGUCAAGCUCAAAGUCAGGGGUCCAAUCCCCCUCAGCCGCCUCUGUCCGCAGUUGCUCCUGCCACGCUCGCCUCCACGGAGAACGGCGGGGUCGUGACCCAACAAGCCGCAACCAACCCCACGUCAAACUCCGGAGGGCCAAAUUCAGUCCCUCUUCCUGCUAACCGUGGGUUCCCUCCAGGUGGGUUCGAGCGACCCCCCAGACGUCGGCGUCACGGGCGAUCCCAGCAUCAGCAGGACAAGCCACCCCGCUUCCGGAGGCUGAAGGAGCGAGAGAACGCUGCGCGCAUCAACGGAGGAGUGGGGGUCAUCGGAGGAGGAAGACCCUCCUCUCCUUCCCUGAAUUCAGUUCAGGACAGUAAUGGAGCCCCGAUCUCCGCCCCCAUGACAGGCAACGCCCAAAAUGCUAACCACAACGCCACACUAACCGCCAACAGUAACAGUGGUGGGGGGCAUCUGAGCAACGCCAACAGCCACCACCAUCACCACUACACCCAGGGCAGCGCCGGGCAGACCCCCCACCACCAUAGCCACGGAGCCAAGUCCCCCGACUUCACCAACCAGAACUCCGACCAGGCCAACGAGGAGUGGGAGACCGCCUCCGAGAGCAGCGACUUCACAGAGUUCAGAGACCGGGAGGGCGGAGGGAAGUCGUACUCCUCCCACCAUCACCACCACAUGGGAAGAGGAGGAGGAGGAGGAGGAGGAGAAGGAGGCAGAGGAGGUGGAGGUGGAGGAGGAGGAGGAGGAGGAGGAGGAGGAGGAGUGGUGGAGCGAGAGAUGGCGGGAAAGGAGCCGUUGGCAAAUAAACGAAGCUUCUCGAGCCAGCGACCCGGCAUGGAGCGACAGAACCGGAGGGUCUCAACACUGGAGGAGGUGGAGGUGGAGGGUGGAGGGUGGAGGGGGGGAGGAAGAGGCCCCCGCGGUCCCCCUGGUGGCGGCGGCGGGCCCGGCAACGGAGGCGGCAACCGCGGGGAUAGACGGGGCAACUGGCCCUCACCGAAAAAUAGGAAGUGACGGAAUAUUUCGAAACAUUUCAGAUGAACCCCACCCACGUUAAAAAACCCCCACCUCUUACAUUUUAAUCCCUUUUUGAUCAUUAUUUCAUGGCUUUAUUUCAUGUUUGCAUCCCUAAAACAUAUUAGUGCAUUGUACAGUAUAUGGAGAUGGUAUUCACAUUCACUUUAGCUGCCCCCCUUUUCCUACCCCACCCCACCCUGGUCACCCCUCCCUCCCUCCCUCCUUUUGCAUCAAUCUACUAUCUACCGUCCGUUAUUGUAAAUUUCUCCGUUUGUUCCGUCUCACUCUAUUUUUCAGUUGUCCCCCCCCUCUCCAGCCCACCUUUUACCCCCUCCUCCCCUCAAGAAUCUCUUUACACCCCCCCCCCCCCCAACCCCCUCAGUUGGAUUUGACAAGCAUGUGGUUCUGCAAUGGAGGUGCACGUCGUUUUAGACCGAGGACAUUCACACAGAGCUACACACACACAUUUACACACACAAACAUGCAUAAACAAGCACAAUAUGACAUCUUUUAACACACACACACACACACACACAUGCAGUCAUGGGCGGAAAAAUAUAUAUAAUUAAAAAUGAAAAAAAAAAAAAAAAAGCGAACGAACAUGGGGAUUUAAAAUUUGGCUAAAAAUGUUUGGAUCGGGCUAAUUUUUAUAUUUAUGUACCUGUGUAUAUUUCUACCACACUUUGGCCUUUGGUGGUAUUCAGUAGUGCAGUUCUGCAUUAACGACCCCUCACAAAAGGGGAACGAGUGCAGCGUCAUCUUUUAACAAAGAACAAUGUACCAUUAAAUGUUGGGUUUUUUUUUCUUUAUCUCUCUUACUCUAUCUCUUUUUUUUCUUCUUUUUUUGGGGGAUUUGUGUCAGUUCAGUUUUAGCCUCUGAUUAAUGUUAGAGGUGUGUGUUUUCUUUUUAUUCUUUUUCUUCUUCCUUCUUCUACAAAACAGGUCAUUAAAAAAUACCUUUUUACUAAAUUUCCCAGUUACUCCUCUCGCUGAAUUUUUUUUUUUUUGGUCUCCUGCAAAAAGUGCAAAAGUUAGGUUGAUUUACUAUGAUAAGACGACCCCCCCGCCACCCCACCUACCCCCCCCCUUUAAUUAUUAUAUUUGAAGUACUACUGCUCAGUGCUCACCUUACACUCACAUUCAUGUCUUUUUAAUAUCAGUGUCUCUGCUGCUUGUGUGCAGAUUGUGUGAUUUUUUUUUUGUCUUUUUUUUUUUUUAAUUACCCCUACUCUCCCCCCAAACGAGUUAUUGAUUGCUAUCAGUUGGUCCUUUUAUUAUUUUUUUUUUAGAGAAUAAAGGCUUUUUUUUUUUUAGCCUCAUUGUAGCAUCAUCUUUACCUGCAGUAAUCUCCCCCUCUCUCCUCUCUUUAAAGGACAAAUAGUUUUACACACUCUCUUUGUUUACCCCCCCCCCCCCCCCCCCCCCCCCCCAUGAGGAUUGUAUUGAUAGCUUGAUGGCUUUAUUUUAAAUUUUAACAACCAUUAUUUCCUCAGUGACAUUUUUUUCUUUUUCCUCCUUAAAGGUGAUUAAAAAAACAAAAAAGAAAAGAAAAAAAAAACCUUUUCUUAUCUUGUUAGGGGAGGAGGGGUGAGUUAAAUGAAAAAUUGUAGGUCAUGCUAGAAAACAAAGGAGCAAAAAAAGAUGUUUGACUUUCAUAAAAGUUUUACGCUUCAAUAGGUGAUUGAAUAUGUUCUAAUAAGCACUCCUAGUAGUAGAACAGAUACAUGGUUGCUGUAUGUUGGGUUUUUUUUUCUUUCGUUUUUCUUUGUUUUCUUUGUGUUCUUUUGGUUUUGUUUUUUUUGGGCGAGUUACAUGUGAUGCAACAGAACAGGUACUCUGUCUGGGCCCAGAGUACAGAGCUAGGCUUUGAGUAUUUGUACUAUCACACCUCCUCCUCUGCUGUCACCUGUGGAGACUCCUCAAAAACGCUGAGGAGGACUACCAAGAGCUCCUGAAGAAGUAUUUUUCAAGAAGUGUGUGUGCUCUCUUUUUUGAGGGAGGAGAGGGGGUGGUGGCGGCUGUUUUUCAGUAUAACAAGAAGCCCAAAAAAUGAAUUUAAUUCAGGACUUUUAAAACCAUUAAAGAGGGGAAGGGAGGAGGGGUGACGAAGAGCGGCAUCACAGUGACUCCUCACACCCUUCUCUACAGUUCAUCACACGGUUGUUUUUUUUUGUUUUGUUUGUUUUUUCAAAGAAAGUCAAACAAAUAAUAAUAAUAAUGCCGACCUGGAGCGUUCAGGAAAUAUUUGGAUCGAUGUAAAAAAAUAACACUUGUAAAACAUAGUUUGUAUCACACACAUUACAAAAAAAGAAAAGACAAAAAACAAAACAAAAGACACGAAAUGGCACAUGGCUUGAAAAAUGACUGGAGGAGAAGAAGAAAACAUCCAUGGGUGAACUAAAAUCAAUAUGCACAUAUAUAUAUACACACAUAUAUAUAUGUGUGUGUAUGUGUGUGUGUAUAAACUCAUCCGCAUCAAUUCUGUCACUGCUGUAAGUUGGGGUUUGUUCGUUUACUGACAACAGUUUGAAGAUUGUCUCUGGGAUGACGUGAGUCGGGCAUUUGAUGAUUUGUGUUUGUGUGUGUGUGUAGCAGCAUGUGUGCAUUUUCUCUGGUUGUGUCUGUGAGUGUGUGUGUGUGUGUGUGUGUGUCAUAAACUCGGGGAAAGGGGGUGAGUGGGUGGGGAGGGACCAGAAAAAAAGGGGGGUUUUAACAUGAAUGGCAAGCACUUUUUCUGCCUUGUUUGCCCACACUUGAUUUAACCAAUAAUUAUUCAAAUACAAUUCUGUUUUCAUUUUUCUUAAAUACAUCCAAACAUUUAAAAAUGCAUUCAGCUGUGUGUGUAUACGUUCAUCAUCAUCAGCAGCAGUUUUUUCUUUUUUCUGUGUAAUUUAAACAUUCAUCCUCUUAAGCAGGCAAGUGAAGUUGGACUUUUUUUAAUUAUUUCUCACGACUUCUAUAAAAAGAAAAAAAAAGAAAUAAAAAAAAGAAA